AUGUCGAAUUUGUAUUCUGAAGACGUUUUCAAUGAUCCUCAACAAGCUGGAUGGGUUGGUGCUGCAGUUAUGCCAAAUCAAUCUAUAUCCCAAACAGAUAUAUGGGGAACAGAAUUUAAUAGCAGACGUUUUUCUUCUAAAGUCAAUACACCUGCCACUGACAUAUCAUUUUAUGCAUUACCACCACAAGAUGAUGUUAUAUUUGAGAAGCCAUCCCUAGUACAUGGGGCUAAGGAAGCGGUCGUUGGAAAGAUUAAGGAAACGAUCGGUAAGCUAACGCGUAAAGAGUAUUUAAAAGAAUCUGGUAGAGAUCAAAAACGAUGGGGAAAACGUGAAAUUAAGGCAGCUAAAAAGGAAGGCGCCACGGAUGUUAAUCGGAG